ACUAAUUAUUUAAACGUCUCUCCUGAUCAAUUCACCGAAAUCGAGCGUGAGCGAGAGAAGCAACGCCGGAAGUUCCGUUUUCGCCGCUACAAUGCCAAUUCCCGGAUCUUGAUCAUCACAAUCCCAACCCGUCUACAUGAGGCCCUUCACCUGGGACUUUAUUCCUCGUAUCUCCGAAGUACUACGGAGAAAAGUUAGGUGGGUAUUGGGUCAGCUACAUUUCGAGCAGAACAAGGUCAUCCUAAAGGAGAUGGCGGAGAAGGCGAUUCGACAGGCGGUCCACGGCCGGAACGUGUAGGAGCAGGUAAUUGGCCAACACUAGUCAUUGAGGCUGGACACUCCGAAACAUUACCCGAGCUUCACAAGGAUAUGCGGUGGUGGUUUCAGACAUCAAACCACGAGGUCAAGAUUGUCAUUCUGGCGAAAUUUGACGACGAGCAACACCACAUUUUGCUAGAGAAAUGGGAAGAAGAAAUCUCGAUUCCACAAGGAGCGAUCAUGCGGAGUCGGGCUGCUCCUAUAUCGCAGCAGAAUGGUGUUCUCAACCCAGUGAAACGGCAGUCAAUCACCAUCAUCCGCGAUGAGACAACAAAUCCAGUAUCGUACAAUGUUACUAGGGGGGCAUUAGUACUAGGAUUUCGACUUCUUUUUCUUCGCGAUCCGGCCCGCAAGAGGGAGAUUUUGUACUUAGCAUUGAGAGCCUGCAGCAGUAUGCAGAGAAUGUCUGGGCUAAGCUACCGAGAUCAGACUAGCCAAUCAGAAAUUAAUAUUAAUGACCUAGCAUA